UCGCUUUCCGAAGCACAGCAGGUUGUGCUCACCGGCAGUUUUACGUCACAUGCUUAGGAGGAGCCGAUCUCUUUGACAUCUGACUAAAGGAAAGAGGAACUAGUGUAGGGCUGGCUGUCCGCACUUCGUUUUUCUUCUUAACGCUGGGUGGAAAUUUCCUUCCUACAAAAAAAUAAAAUAAAAAGCGUUUGGGUAACAAUAGGGCGACAUGGGAUCGGGCGCCUAGUGCGUUUUUUACUGGGAAAGCGCAUUAUCCUUUUUUAUUUUACUUUUUUUGAUGAAUAACAAGAGUAGUCUUUCGUCAGUAAAGUAUGAUAUGAAGUAACCCCGCGUUGGUGUUACGGCGUGGUUAGACGGCUCAAGGAGCCCUGGCUGGCCUCAGAGAGGUCUGCUCUACCCUUCUGCAGGUGAUGACAAUGGGCAGGUGAUAAGUGGCACUAUGAACCCAACAAGGAAGAAACUCAAGUUGGUCGGGGUGAUGAUGACUGUGAACGUCUUCAUCUUCAUCAUGGCAGAGGUCCUGCGGAGCAGUGGCCAGGGCAAGGGGAACGGGCACAAGUUAGUCAUGCCCACGAAGCCUUUCUGGAAGAAGCUGGUGGCCAAAGAGGGCUUCUGGAAUCGGGAGCAGCAGAAGCUGGACUACUUGCACAACCCCAUCCUAAUGAAGAGCAACGGCUCCAAGGCCGAGCUGCUGCAGUGGCUUAACGACACGGAUUUCUCGGAAUCGUGCGACCCGGACUUUGGCGUCGCCACGAAGGUGAGCGAUUAUAAUUCCCUGCCAGAGCGUUUCAAGGACUUUCUGCUGUAUAUGAAAUGCAGGUCAUACCCCAUGGUGCUGGACCAGCCUGACAUGUGCAAGGGUGGGCCUUUCCUGUUGCUAGCCGUUAAAUCUCUGGCGCCGCACUUCGACCGACGCCAGGCCAUCCGGGAAUCAUGGGGGCGAGCUGGCCGGAUUGCCAACCGCACAGUCGCCACUGUGUUCCUCCUCGGCAGUGCCACGGAGGUGGACCAUUUCCCUGACCUGUCGAAGAUGCUGCAGUACGAGAGCUCCAUCCACCACGACAUCCUCAUGUGGGACUACAGGGACACCUUCUUCAACCUCACCGUCAAGGAGGUUCUCUUCCUGGACUGGUUCCGCCACCGCUGCCCCACGGCCAGUUUCGUCUUCAAGGGGGAUGACGACGUCUUUGUCAACACACAGCGCAUCAUGGAGUUCCUCAAGGACCUGUCCCCAGACAAGGCGAAAGACCUCUUUGUUGGGGAUGUGAUCACCAACGCUGGCCCACACCGGGAUAAGAAGCUGAAGUACUUCAUCCCGGAGAGCAUUUUUGUGGGCAUGUACCCCCCAUAUGCUGGGGGAGGGGGGUUCCUGUACUCAGGAGACCUGGCAUUACGUUUGCACAAUGUGUCUCAGCAAGUGUUCCUCUACCCCAUCGAUGACGUCUACACUGGCAUGUGUCUCAGGAAGCUGGGACUGAGUCCUGAAAAGCACAAGGGCUUCCGGACCUUUGAUAUCGAGGAGAAGUACAGAGACAACGCCUGUGCUUACAAGAGCUUGAUACUGGUGCACAGCAGGACUCCACAGGAGAUGAUUAAAAUAUGGACGUGGCUCAGCGACCCCAAUUUGAACUGUCAGUGAUCAUAGGUGGGAAUCUGAAAUCCUCUGACCUGAGAUCAGAUCUUUUAUCACACAAAGAAUGGUGAGCUUCACUUGUUCCAAAGACCAAUGGGUAGUUGAUGUGGGUAUAUAUUUUCUUUUUAAGAAACAUAGCAAUUUUGAGGUUUAUGACCGAGAGGUUAAUUCUUUGUCAGGUCGUUUUGUGGAAAUCUCACUCUCUGUAAACGGCGUAGAUGCCCCUCAUUUCCUACAACGGCUUCAAAUUAUACUAAAACCUGGUAGUGAAAGUGACAAAUUCUGUUUUCACAUUUAUUGUAAACAUUCUUCACAGUACAGCAAGAAGUUUGACGUCUUGGAUGAUAAUGUCUUGGCAGCUAAACUAUCAAUGUUAUGAUUGCAGUAGCAAAAGAUAUUUUAACUACCUUUUUUUUUCAUCCAAAAUGUGACCUAGUUCUACUGUUUCUUUAGAAUAUCAGUUUUUGUUUUUUUUAGUAUUAUACACUGUUUCCUUCAAGAAAUGAUCAUGAUGAAUAUUUUUAACUACUUGAUGUACUUGAUAAUGGUUUUCAGUCCGUUAGCUCGUGCAGUGCCUACCCCCCCCC